AUGAGCGAUCAUCUCUCGCAGCAGCUAAACAUGCUGCAAUCUGUGGAGCGAGCGCUCUCCAACUUUAAAAAACUCGGUAGAGCCAAUUAUACUCCGGCUAAGAUUCGGCAGAGGAUGUCAACCUUGAAGGAAAACUGGACACGGUGCAUCGAAAAACACGCUAUCCUGGUCCGAGCUUGCACGGACGAGCAGAAGAAGACGCUGGAAUACUUCUCGAACAAACUUUUCGAGAACUGCGAGGAAACCUACGAGACAACCCUCGACUACAUGGCCGACUGCCUUGAAGAGCUGGAUCCAACGCCCACAAGGACGAGCUUGUCGCAGUCAACGAUAAGUACCGCGGAACCAUCGUCCUUUUCAUUGCAUCAUUUGCCGCCGAUCAAAUUACCGCCGUUUUCGGGGAAUGUCGAGGAAUGGGAGAGCUUCCGCGAUCGCUUCUCGUCUCUCAUAAUUCAAAAUAACGAGUUAACUGCGUUUUCGCGGAUGCAUUUCUUGGCUUCGAGUCUCACCGGUCGUGCGUUCGACGUUAUAAAAUCUAUUCCCAUUACCGCAGAUAAUUUUGAUAUCGCGUGGAAAACAUUAAGUUCACGGUUCGAUAAUAAGCGACGGCUCGUCGACGUGCACGUAUCCGCGCUGUACUCUCUGCCGACGGUCGCUCGCGAAUCCGCUGUAGAGCUUAGCGCACUCCGCGAUAAAGCGAAUCGCGCUAUCGCUUCUUUAAAAAAUUUGGAUCGAACUCCCGAACAAAUGUUGAACGAUAUCUUAGUUUUUAGCGUCGCGCAAAAACUUGACCACGCUACUCGGAAAGCAUGGAAGCUAAAAACCGGUGACAAUUCGAACAUUCCUUCGUAUGAGGCUCUCGACAAAUUUCUCGACACGCGCAUUCGUGCCUUGGAGGAAAUCUCUCCGGCGAACGCUUCGAAAUCCCCGCGCGCGCCUAAAGUGACCAGUGCGAACGCCACUGCCUCGGGUUUAUCGUGCCCACUCUGUCACGCAGCGCAUUUCAUUAACAAAUGUUCGCAGUUUUUGCGGAAGACUCCGAGUCAACGGCUCGACGUCAUUGUGAAAGCGAAGCGAUGCGUCAAUUGCUUGAGCGCCAAGCACGCUGUUCAGGCGUGUCCUAGUCAAUACUCGUGCAGAACUUGCCAAAGCAAGCAUCACUCGAUGCUGCACGUUGACUCGGCCUCUUCCUCGACUGCAUCCGCUGUCGCUCUCAAUAACGAGACCUCGUCGAGUGUAUUGUCGAGCUCUAUCGUGGCCACUUCGGUCGCGGCAUUGUGCUCCUCGUUGACCAUUGCCGCGCGUCCGCAAGUGUUGCUCGCGACGGCCCGCGUCACUGUCGGUGCACCGUCGGGUCGGACUCUCACAGUGCGAGCGCUCCUCGAUCAAGGCUCGGAGGUCACCUUGAUCACGGAGCGACUCGCACAAGCUCUCAGAAUGCGUCGCAUUCGUCAACCGCUUUCUAUUUCCGCCGUCGGCGGAACCGACGCCGGUACUUGUCAAUCUCUUACUAAAUAUUCGCCUUACAAGGCCAAUUCGAGCUAUGAUUGGAGCUAUCUGGGCGAGCUGAGUCUCGCCGAUCCGAAUCCGAUAAGCGCUGAGCCGAUCGAGAUCCUUAUCGGAGCCGACUUAUAUAGUGAGUUGCUGCUUGGCGGCGUUCGUAAGGGCGCCCCUGGGCAGCCAAUUGCGCAGCAAACCAUUUUUGGCUGGGUUCUGUCGGGGCCCACGUCCGAGAUGUCGAUUCAAUCGCGAGCGAUCGCCGUUCAGCAUUGCGUGAGUUCGGACGCCCUAGAUCAGGAGCUAAGACGAUUCUGGGAAAUCGAGGAGGCUCCUCGACAAGCUCUCUUCAGCCCUGAAGAGCAGCAAUGCGAAGAGCAUUUCGUGUCCGCGCAUUCGCGCGGUGCUGACGGCCGAUACAUAGUGCGCUUGCCUUUCAGGCGCGGUCCGCCGAUCGCCAUCGGCGAGUCGCGCUGCACGGCUGAGCGCUUCUUGCGAGGUUUGCAUCGCCGCUUCCGUCUUAAUUCCGCUCUUCGCGAGGCAUACACCGAAUUUAUGAGCGAGUACAAAACUUUGGGACAUAUGCAGGAGGUGAGGGGCGAUCAAAUCACCUCGCAGGAAGUGUAUAUCCCUCAUCACCCUGUCAUUCGCGACAGCAGCGUGACGACGCGGUUGCGAGUCGUCUUUAACGCGUCGAGUCUGACUACAAACUCGACUUCUUUAAAUCAACAUUUGCUCACCGGGCCAAAGCUACAAGCGGACUUGUCGGCUGUACUUCUCCGAUGGCGACAAUUCCGGUACGUUUAUGCCGCCGAUAUAACAAAAAUGUAUCGUCAAAUCAACGUGGACCCGCGUGACAUCGAUUACCAGCGAAUUCUAUGGAGCGGCUCUUCUUCAGAGCCCGCUCGAGCUUAUCAGCUCACGACCGUCACAUACGGUACAGCUUGUGCACCGUUUUUGGCGCUACGCGUCAUUCGUCAACUAGCUCACGAUGAGGGUAGUCCCUUUCCACUCGCUGCUGCCGUGCUGCAGCAAAACACAUACGUCGAUGACGUUCUUUUCGGAGCGGACGACAUUCCUCUUCUUCGUGAGGUGCGCAGGCAGGUAUGCGCGUUGCUUCGUCGCGGCCAAUUCGAACUGAGAAAAUGGGCGAGCAACUCGGCCCAACUCCUCAGCGAUAUAGCUGGCGCGGAUCACGGCCUAGCUUGCGAUAAGAUGCUUCAAUCGGAUGAACAUCUUAAAAUCCUCGGCAUCAGUUGGAGUCCGUCCUCUGACACCUUUCAAUUUAACGUAACCCUGCCGCAUUUCGAGAAAACUACCAAACGGUCGAUCCUUUCAACCAUCGCGAGAUUGUUCGAUCCGCUGGGGUGGAGUACUCCAGUUACAGUUGUCGCGAAGAUCUUCCUUCAGCAACUCUGGUUGCUCAAAGCAAGCUGGGACGACGUACUCCCGGCUGACCUUCUCGAUCGCUGGGACACCAUUCGUUCCUCCCUCGCCGCUCUGCACGGUCUUAAGUUGGAUCGCUGGAUACGGCGCGGCUCAGAUAGCGUCAGAUGCGAGUUACAUGGCUUCGCGGACGCAUCGUCGCGCGCUUAUGCCGCAACCGUCUAUAUCAGGAUCGUUUCGUUGUCCGGUGAAAUAGCUGUGCGAUUGUUGAUCGGAAAAUCGAAAGUUGCUCCGAUUAAAUCCUUAAGUAUUCCACGGCUGGAACUGGCGGCUGCCGUGCUGCUUGCGCGAUUGAUCGAAUUCGUGAGGGACUCACUGAAUCUCCCUGCUGAUUCUUGCCACUGCUGGACCGACUCCACGGUCGUCCUCGCGUGGGUGGCGCGACAUCCAUCCCAGUGGAAGACAUUCGUCGCGAAUCGCGUCUCUGAAAUACAAUCUCGACUUCCCAACGCGCAGUGGCGCCACGUGCCCACCGAUCACAAUCCUGCGGAUUGUGCGUCACGCGGCGUAGCAGGGGAGGAUUUUGCGUCCCACGCGCUCUGGUGGCGGGGGCCGGCGUGGCUACGGUGUCCUGAAUCCGAGUGGCCGCCGCCACUCGAUUCGUCUCUUUCGGAAACUACAAUGGAACGAGAAGAAAACGCUGUGUCGCAUCUCGUGUCUCGACGGGAACCAUGGGAUCUCGCUACUCGGUACUCAUCGUGGCCGCGCUUGAUUCGCGUUACCGCUUACAUCAUGAGAUUCGUCUCAAAGCUAAAAAAAAACUCGGUGCCGCACGAUGCAUGCGAUGAGGGCUCUCAGUCGAUUUCCGCGUUCGAAUGUCGGAAGGCGCGAGACUUUUGGUUGUCUCGGAUUCAAUCGGAAUUGUUCCCGCGGGAAAAGGCGUCUAUGUCGCAACGACGUUCGAUUCCCGCGAAGAGCGCGUUGUUAUCGUUAGCGCCUUUCCUCGGCGAAGACAAACUAAUCCGCGUUGGCGGGCGGUUGUUGCGUGCCCCCAUGCGGUUCUCCGAAAAACACCCUGUCAUCUUGGCUGCGCACCCUCUCGUUAACCUUCUCGUGCAGCAUGUGCAUUUAAGAUCUCUUCACGCAGGGCCGCAAUUAACUCUAGCUACUCUUCGUCGAGAGUACUGGAUAUUGCGCGCUCGAAACAUCGUCAAAGCUGUCCUUUUCCGAUGCGUCGUAUGCACGCGUGAAAAGGCAGCCAUUCCUACUCAAUUAAUGGGAGGCUUGCCUCCAGUGCGCGUCUCUCCCCCUGCGCGCGCGUUUAUUCAUUGUGGCCUCGACUAUGCAGGUCCCGUCGCAAUAAGAUCGAUGUCGGGACGUGGGAUAGCCUCGCGCAAAGCUUAUAUCGCCAUUUUCGUAUGCAUGGCCACGCGAGCUAUUCAUUUAGAAUUAGUCGAAAGCUACUCCACUCCAGCUUUCUUAGGCGCCUUUUCGAGAUUCUGCUCCCGACGUGGCCUGCCAGAGUCAGUAUACUCUGACAACGGCACCACGUUCGUUGGCGCCGAUCGCGAAUUGGCAGCCUCAUUCCGAGCCGCGUUGCGCGAUCCAAACGUCCAAAGUAGUACCGCUUCCGAUGGGGUAUCGUGGCACUUUAUGCCUCCAUCCGCGCCUCACUUCGGCGGCCUAUGGGAGGCGGGGGUCCGCAGCGUUAAGUAUCAUCUCCGCAGAGUUGUCGCGUCGCACACUCUUACAUUCGAAGAAUUCUCGACGAUUCUCUGCAACAUUGAAGCCUGCCUUAAUUCGCGCCCUCUCGCGCCCCUCACCGAUUCCGUCGACGACUGCGAGUCUCUGACGCCCGGUCAUUUUCUGAUCGGUUCAGCGAUUACAACCGCGCCCGAGCCUUCCGCACUACAACUGGCUGAGAACCGUUUGACACGCUGGCAACUCGUUCGUCAGCUCACCGAAAGAUUUUGGAAACUAUGGCAGCAGGACUACGUGAACACCCUCCAGCAGCGAGUCAAAUGGAAGACCGUCUCAAAAAACGGAAUCCGAGUCGGGGCGCUGGUUCUAUUACGCAACUCUUUGCUCCCGCCUUGUAAAUGGGACCUGGCUCGCGUCAUCCGAUGUCACCCUGGUCCAGACGGUUUGAUUCGCGUCGCGACGGUGAAGACCGCCACAUCCGAGUACACUCGGCCUCUUGUAAAAUAA